AUGGCUGAGAACGGCGAGAGCAGCGGCCCCCCGCGCCCCUCCCGCGGCCCGGCGGCUGCGGCCCCCGGCUCCGCCUCGCCCCCGGCCGCCGAGCCCAAGAUCAUCAAAGUCACCGUGAAGACCCCCAAAGAGAAGGAGGAGUUCGCGGUGCCCGAGAACAGCUCGGUGCAGCAGUUCAAGGAGGCGAUCUCGAAACGCUUCAAAUCGCAGACGGAUCAGCUCGUGCUCAUCUUCGCCGGCAAGAUCCUCAAAGAUCAAGACACCCUGAGCCAGCACGGCAUCCACGACGGGCUGACCGUGCACCUGGUCAUCAAGAGCCAGAACCGGCCCCAGGGCCAGGCCACGCAGCCCAGCACCACGGCGGGCACCACCACGACUACCACCACCGCGUCGACUCCCAGGAGUAACUCCACACCUAUCUCCACAAAUAGCAACCCGUUCGGGCUGGGGGGCCUGGGAGGACUCGCAAGCCUCAGCAGCCUGGGCUUGACCUCCACCAGCUUCACGGAGCUCCAGAACCAGAUGCAGCAGCAGCUCCUGUCCAGCCCGGAGAUGAUGCUCCAGAUCAUGGAAAAUCCCUUUGUUCAGAGCAUGCUUUCCAAUCCCGACCUGAUGCGGCAGCUCAUCAUGGCCAACCCGCAGAUGCAGCAGCUGAUCCAGAGAAAUCCGGAGAUCAGCCACCUGCUCAACAACCCGGACAUCAUGAGGCAGACCCUCGAGAUCGCCCGCAAUCCGGCCAUGAUGCAGGAGAUGAUGAGGAACCAAGACCUGGCCCUCAGCAACCUCGAGAGCAUCCCGGGGGGCUACAAUGCCCUACGGCGCAUGUACACUGACAUUCAGGAGCCCAUGCUGAACGCGGCCCAGGAGCAGUUCGGGGGCAAUCCGUUCGCCUCCGUGGGGAGCACCGCCUCCACCGGCGAAGGCUCGCAGCCUUCCCGCACAGAGAAUCGCGAUCCGCUGCCCAACCCGUGGGCGCCGCCGUCGGCGACCCACAGCUCGGCGACCACCGGCACCACCUCGAGCAGCGGCAGCGGCUCCAGCGGCAGCGCCAACAACCCCGGGAACACCAUGGCCGCGGCCAACUAUGUGGCCAGCGUCUUCAGCACCCCGGGCAUGCAGAGCCUGCUGCAGCAGAUCACCGAGAAUCCCCAGCUCAUCCAGAACAUGCUGUCGGCGCCCUACAUGCGGAGCAUGAUGCAGUCGCUGACCCAGAAUCCGGAUCUGGCCGCGCAGAUGAUGCUGAACAACCCCGUGUUCUCCGGGAACCCGCAGCUGCAGGAGCAGGUUCGUCCGCAGGUCCCCUCUUUCCUGCAGCAGAUGCAGAGCCCGGACACGCUGUCAGCCAUGACCAACCCCAGAGCCAUGCAGGCGCUCAUGCAGAUCCAGCAGGGGCUGCAGACAUUAGCCUCCGAGGCGCCUGGCCUCAUUCCCAGCUUCACUCCAGGUGUGGGGGUGGGGGUGCUGGGAACCGCUAUAGGCCCCGUAGGCCCGGUCACACCCAUAGGUCCCAUCGGCCCCAUUGUGCCAUUCACCCCCAUCGGGCCUAUUGGGCCCCUAGGACCCACCGGCCCCGCGGGUCCUCCUGGCUCCACUGGUUCUGGCAGCACCCCCGGGGCCACCGUGCCUAGCUCGGCUCCCAGUGAAACCACGAGCCCCACCUCCGAUUCCGGACCCAGCCAGCAGUUCAUUCAGCAGAUGGUGCAGGCUCUGGCUGGGGCAAACGCUGCUCAGCUGCCAAUCCCAGAAGUCCGAUUUCAGCAGCAACUGGAACAGCUCAACGCCAUGGGCUUCUUAAACCGCGAAGCUAACUUGCAGGCUCUGAUAGCAACAGGAGGCGACAUCAAUGCAGCCAUUGAGCGGCUGCUGGGCUCGCAGCCUUCCUAA